AUGGAGGUUUUCGAGUCGAAAAUCGACGAGCUAGUUGAUUUACGUGAUGGAUAUUUCGAAAAAUACCCGAACAGCACGGAAGCUGAGCGAGUUAAAACUGUGAGGGAGAAAGCACUACUGCUCCUAGAGGAUGUCCCAUUAUCUGGAUAUCCUCGAUCCGCCGUCAGAUAUCUGCAAUGUGGCCGUAUUCUGAAUGCAUGCGUUGCUUAUGAUCCUCGCUGUGAAGAACUACUGAGUAAAGCUGUGAAACUGGAUCCUGAUGCAUUGGCAUGGCUUGAGCUCGGUAUAUGCUUAUCGAAAAAGCCAGAUAUUCAGUUUGCUAUUGAGUGUGUCGAGGUACAGAUUUUGCCCACUUUUAACUUAAACUUUAACUUUAACCUAUUCUUAUUCCUCAGUCAGAAUCAGUGA